AUGAUUCUCCUUACUAUAGACGCUCUCCUCUCGCUUCUAGCACCUCAUGCUAAUAAGGAGAACUUGAGCCCCACAGAUGCCUCCAAUGUUCAACUUUUGAUCACCGAGCUCUUGACAGAUCAUCACGUCGAUCUCCCGUUGUUGAAGUUUCUCAGUCGAUUCCUUACCCCACAAGCCUAUGAUGAAAUAGUCGAGGAAAGAAAUAUUGAGCACUUAUGCGGGUACAUAGUAUGUGACAGCUCACCACGUCAACCGGCUCGUAGGUUUUCCGCUGGGACCCACACUUCAGUGACAGUCCCCGGUGGCUCCUCCGAUGGCUCAGGAGCAUCCUCAGGGAGCACGUUCCAAAUCUACAACCGGAAACCGUCAAUCAUUCUUCCCAAUACCUAUCGAUCGCAGUAUUGCUGUAAGGAGCAUUACCAGGCGCUGCUUUUUUAUCUGAACCAACUUUCACAUGAGGCGGUCUUUGCCAGGAAGCAUAUACUUAGUGCGCGUCCAUUCCCCGACAAUUACCCUGCCACGUGGUAUGAGAACGGCAUUACGUGUCUCGAGGAGGUUCUUGCUAAACACCGAGAACUUCGUGACCAAGGUAAAUCUCUUGGUGAUAUAAUUCUGAUGAUGAAUGGUUUAUCCGUGGUAGAUACCGCCGCAAGCACCGGUGAGACUCGUGACUUGGUCCAACUUCUUCAAGACUUUGAUAUUGUCGAGAAAGAAGGUGGCAUUCAAGGGGAAGAAGAAGAUUCUGAGGAGCAACCCGAGUCAGCCCAGGAGAGUGCUCGUGGGAUUGAUGGUUACGUCACUACAGACCGCUGCUACGGCGGUUAUGUUGUGUAA